AUGCUUCAUUUAUCUGGGGAAGAGAAGAAUCGCUUCCAGGACCUUGUUCAGGCCCAUCCAACUGUCGGUCCUCUAGGUCUCAUCGUGGGCGUUCCAGGGAUUAAUGGUCCCGGGAAAUCCGUGACCGAAAUAUCUGACAUAUUCUGGAAUGCAGACCGUGUUAGCAAAGAGCGUUCGAAGAUUAAACAAGGAGCUGAUGUAGGUGGAGAUGGCUUUAUUGCUGCCUUCAAGAAGCUCGAGGAAGACCAUCCCGAGUUCGUUGUCUCUUCAACAUUUGGGAUUGUCACGGUUGUUUCCCUUCAAACACCGUUCAUGCGCUCGCUUCUGGUGAGGGAUACGACUCUGGAGGAGCCAGUUAAUGGGACUGUCAACGAUGCCACUCAUGGGUGGUGGUCAGAGCGCAACGCCCUACUCAUUGUGACGUCUGUCUAUGAUGUCAAAACGCAAUCAUGGUCGCCUUCCCUGUUCUCAUAUUCAAACGGGGCACGAACUCUCCACUUCAAGUAUCAUUUCGUCGCCUUAUUCCAAGGGAUCGCAGAGGAAGCCGAUUCACGUGGAAUUGACAUUGAAGAUCGCUUAUUUGCUGGGGUGAUGGAUUUCAGCGAAGCUGAGCAUGGGGCUUUCAUCGAAGCAUUCGUCGAGUUCUUUUCUGGGCGGCUUGAUGACACACGCACCGUUGAGGAGCUCCAUCUUGCAGCUGAACACCUUACGCGUGGCUGUCAGGAGCACUAUCGUGCCAGUGUUACACGCGUCAGCCGGAUUGGUGGUGCGGUUCCCCCAGAAAAGGUCGACGCGUUCAAGGACCGCGCGCUCGGGCUCCUCAACGCACCUGAUUCAGACGCAUUUCUGGAGCGCGCUUCCCUUCUCAUCCGUGACUUUCCAAGCCUUAAAUCCUGGAUGGCAUGGUGGAUGCGCCCAUCUAACGCGUCGAGGCUAUUUGAGUCUGAGCGUCUUGGGAGGUGGAAACAUGCUCACGAGAUCGAGACCUCGGAAGACAUUCUCGCGGAUCCGACGUCAAUACCAUUUUCAAACGAGGUGGAAUGUGCACUUCGACCUGCAGAAGGCGUCCUAAGGGAUCUUCUUCUCGAUCCUCAAGUGGUGGACAGCAACCAAGUUCCAGCCAAGAAGCCCCUUACAAGGACCAUUGUUCCGGAGGUCGGGAGUCUCUCGCUCCUUGACCGUGCCCAGGUCUCCAAUUGGUUUGAGAUCAAUAUAAGCAAGGACCCGAAUCUUCGACAGGAAUGGUUGGCCUACCUCCCAAUCGCACAUGCCCACACAGUCUUGAUCGCAUCUCGUCUCAGGGGAUACCAAGUCUUCCAGGAGCUGACAGAGGUUGCACUCAUUGACCGGGCUUGGGAGCGCUCUGAGCGUGCAGGAGUUGCGGGUCACUACCAAUGGGGGCUUGAUUCCGGAGAUCACCAAGGUGGCUGGGACCCGUACCAAGGGCUGCCGUAUCACUGGAACCGUGGAGAUAGAGAUGGGAGUGAGGACGAGAUGCAGCGCGGCCCCAACUUCAUAGAAGUGGAAAUGGUUAGCCCAGUGCCUCAGAAGAAGCCUCGUGUACGACCUCGUCCUAUUAAAGUGAAGUCGAAAAUGCAUACGAGCCGCUCAUGA